AGUAAGCAAUCUAUUUUCACUUGCUAUUAACAGCAAAAGUACAACUUUAUCUCUUAUUUGACUUCAUUAUUUGACUUUCAAUUAACAACAUGGAAACUAUACAGAAAUUAGCCUGUGCCCUGUAAGAUAGAGAUUUAGAUAAAUUGCUCAAAACAUUACAUGAGAUGUUCAGAUUUUCUCUCAAAGGCAGGACUCCAACACGGCAGGUGGAAAACCAACAAAAGGAAGAAGACAGAAAGGUGGGGGAGAUAAGGAGUGGCCAGGAAAAAGAAAAUAGUGAUAAAAGAAGAGCCAAAAAGGAGGAAAGGGAAGAUGAAAGAUCGACUACAAGAACUAAAGCAGAGAACAAAGGAAAUUGAACUCUCUAGAGACAGUCAUGUAUCAACUACAGAAACAGAGGAACAAGGGGUGUUUCUGCAGCAAGCUGUUAUUUAUGAAACAGAGCCUGUAGCUGAGAGACACCUACAUGAAAUCCAGAAACUACAGGAAAGUAUUAACUAUUUGGCAGACAAUGUUCAAAAAUUUGGGCAGCAGCAGAAAAGUCUGGUGGCUUCAAUGAGAAGGUUUAGUCUACUUAAGAGAGAGUCUACCAUUACAAAGGAGGUAAAAAUCCAGGCAGAAUACAUCAACAGAAGUUUGAAUGAUUUAGUUAAAGAAGUUAAAAAGUCAGAGGUUGAAAAUGGUCCAUCAUCAGUGGUCACAAGGAUACUUAAAUCUCAGCAUGCUUCAAUGUUCCGCCAUUUUCAGCAAAUCAUGUUUACAUACAAUGAUACAAUAGCAGCAAAGCAAGAGAAGUGCAAGACAUUUAUUUCGCUUCAGCUUGAAAUUGCUGGAAAAGAGAUGUCUGACGAAGAAGUAAAUGAUAUGCUUCAUCAAGGAAAAUGGGAAGUUUUUAAUGAAAGCUUACUUACAGAAAUCAAUAUCACUAAAGCACAACUUUCAGAGAUUGAACAGAGACACAAGGAACUUGUUAAUUUAGAGAACCAAAUAAAGGAUUUAAGGGAUCUUUUCAUUCAGAUAUCUCUUUUAGUAGAAGAGCAAGGAGAGAGCAUCAACAAUAUUGAAAUGACAGUGAAUAGUACAAAAGAGUAUGUUAAUAAUACUAAAGAGAAAUUUGGACUAGCUGUAAAAUACAAAAAAAGAAAUCCUUGCAGAGUACUGUGUUGUUGGUGCUGUCCAUGCUGUAGCUCAAAAUAA